CAGGUCUGAGACACUGCUGGACAGUGCUCUGCGUCGCCGGCUCGAGACACAUGUCAUCAGAACUUUCACACUGGGCCUCCCAAAGAGUAGGAAUUUUUGUUUCCAAAUUCGUACAUCCGCCACAGGCGAGGGCGGCAUCUUCCGAAAAAGCCUGCUUCUGCCUUCAGUCGCUUCAGGUGUGAAUUUUGGUCCCAAGGUGAUCCUUUCCCAGGAUCCACGUGAGAAGAGGGUGAGCAGCCUCAUGACAUCGUCUCCACCGCCGUCCCCUUACUUCCGGCGGAAGAGAGGACACCCAAUCUUCGGGGGCUCGCAGCCGCACUGCGCCUGUAUCGCGCCUGCGUCGCGCUCCUCGGCAACGCCCCGGAAGUGCGCGCGCCGGCAAGAUGGCGGCCGCAGUGGGUUCGUUGCAGGCGCUUGUCCUCCUGUGCCGGUUGCUGCUCUUCCUGUCCCAGUUCUACGUUUUGUCGGGUGGUGAGCACUCGCAGCCGCUGACUCAGGCAGUAAAGGAUCCGGGCCCAACACGCACAUUCACAGUAGUUCCCAGGGCAGCAGAAAGUACCGAAAUCCCACCUUACAUCAUGAAGUGUCCAAGCAAUGGUUUGUGUAGCAGACUCCCUGCAGAUUGUAUAGACUGCGCAACAAAUUUCUCCUGUGUCUAUGGGAAGCCUGUCACUUUUGAUUGUACAGUGAAGCCUUCCGUUACUUGUGUUGAUCAAGACUUCAAACCCCAAAAGAACUUCAUCAUUAACAUGACUUGCAGAUUUUGCUGGCAGCUCCCUGAAACAGAUUAUGAAUGCACCAAUUCCACCACCUGCAUGACGGUUUCCUGUCCCCGGCAGCGCUACCUUGCCAACUGCACAGUGAGGGACCACAUUCAUUGCUUGGGUAACCGUACUUUUCACAAAAUGCUGUACUGCAAUUGGACUGGAGGCUACAAGUGGUCGACCGCUCUGGCUCUAAGUAUCACCCUGGGUGGCUUUGGAGCCGACCGCUUCUACCUGGGCCAGUGGCGAGAAGGCCUUGGCAAGCUCUUCAGCUUCGGCGGCCUGGGAAUAUGGACACUCAUAGACGUCUUGCUGAUUGGAGUUGGCUACGUGGGGCCAGCAGAUGGCUCUUUGUACAUUUAGCUGUGGUUAUGUGCUUCCAAGAGGAGCAGCAUCAGAGCAUGCGUUUGGCUGCAGGAGUUGAUGUAUUAUGAGUGAUGUAUUUUUAUGUUUUUAAUGUACAGCAUCUGUACUUUGCUUGCCUUGAUGAAGGUAAAAUAAAUGAAACACUGAACUGUGCUAACUUGAAAUUUGUUUUUAUUGGCCUGAAUUUUUUUUUCUGUGAAAAAUGUAAACUUGGAGCCAGAACAAAUUCUGCUUGGUUAUAAAUCCAUCUAAUUGCAAUGGCAUUAGUUUUUUAUUGAUAUUGUGUAAGUCACACCAUUUCCUUUUAUCUCUAGCCUGCCUGCCGUCUGCUUUGAGAAACCUUUCAGCUGGAACCGAGGAGACAGGUUCUGUUCUGUUAGCAGAAUAAGUCACCUACGUGUGCAUCUGUUGUCUGUCAGCUUUGUGGUGAUAAAAUGCACAACUUUUGUCUGGUUGCCAUGUUUGAAAAUUUUUUUUUUUUACUCUUGCAUAAAAGGAUGCAAGAGUACUGAAAACUUUAAUAAAACUACAAAUUUAAGAAAUAUUGUA